GUUGUGACAGCGCAGUGGGCGGGAUUUUACCUCAGAUCAGGGGAGAGAGUCUAGUCUUUGGUGAGACUGAGGGGGAGUUACAGAGAGAAAGGGACAUAGGGUGCUCUUCAGAGAACGGAAUCUGCAUGCAUGGUGACCUCCGCCUCUGUGGGUGAUCCUCAGUCACCAUGAAAGACUAGGAACUCAGCUCUCCAAGGGAAAUGGCUUAUUUUGUAAUAUCCCUGCCCUGCUACCUGCCGUAUGACUCCACCUGCCUCUGAAGGGCCUGCCAGCUGUUUAUGGGAACUACCACUGUGUUCGCUCUCCUGAGGAUUUAAGCUUUUCCAGGACAACAGUUUUUAUUUUUUUUACCCCCACCGUUGAGCCGAAGCAGCAACGCUUUGCAAUAGAGCGGGGAGGCAAGGAGACAAUGGCAAACAACUCGUACAGCGGGGUGAAGAACUCCAUGGUGGAGGCCAACCACGAUGGAGAGUUUGGCUGCACGCUCAAUGAACUGCGCUCCCUUAUGGAACUGAGAGGCGCCGAGGCGAUAGUCAAAAUUGGGGAAUCUUAUGAGGAUAUUAAAGGACUCUGCAACCGGUUAAAAACAUCACCUAUAGAUGGUCUAAGUGGACAGCCUGGAGACAUCGAGAAGCGGAAAACAGUGUUUGGGCAAAAUUUAAUACCGCCCAAAAAGCCCAAAACCUUCUUACAGUUAGUGUGGGAGGCACUACAGGAUGUCACACUGAUUAUUCUAGAAGUGGCAGCCAUAGUUUCACUAGGCCUUUCUUUUUAUAGACCUCCAGAUGCCGAAAGAACACACUGUGGAAGGGCAGCUGGCGGAGUGGAAGAUGAAACUGAGUCAGAAGCGGGCUGGAUUGAGGGUGCCGCCAUUCUUCUGUCAGUUGUCUGUGUGGUGCUGGUGACUGCAUUCAAUGACUGGAGUAAAGAGAAGCAGUUUAGGGGCCUCCAGAGCCGCAUUGAGCAGGAGCAGAAAUUUACUGUCGUCCGUGGAGGACAAGUUAUCCAAAUUCCUGUGGCUGAGAUCGUGGUCGGUGACGUUGCACAAGUAAAAUAUGGUGACCUUUUGCCUGCCGACGGAGUCCUCAUCCAAAGCAACGAUCUGAAGAUCGAUGAGAGCUCGCUCACAGGGGAGUCGGAUCAUGUCAAGAAAACACAAGAAAAAGAUCCAAUGCUGUUAUCAGGCACUCAUGUAAUGGAAGGCUCAGGGAAAAUGUUGGUCACUGCUGUGGGUGUCAACUCUCAAACUGGAAUUAUCUUCACUUUACUUGGGACCAGUGAAGAUGAUGAAGAAGAUGAAGAGGAAAAGAAAAAGGAAAAGGAGGAGAAGAAGAAACAGAGAAAAAACAAGCAGGAUGCAGCAGUGGAGAGCCGUAAGAAAGCUAAAGCCCAGGAUGGUGCUGCAAUGGAAAUGCAGCCACUGAACAGUGAUGAGGCUGAGGCAGAGGAGAAAAAGAAAUCCAGCAUGUCAAAGAAAGAGAAGUCUGUUCUCCAGGGCAAACUGACCAAACUAGCUGUACAGAUUGGCAAAGCAGGACUGGUUAUGUCAGCCAUCACGGUCAUUAUCCUGGUGGUGCUGUUUGUAGUAGACACAUUCUGGAUCCAGAAUCUGCCCUGGGUCAAGGAAUGCACACCCAUUUAUAUUCAGUUCUUUGUGAAGUUUUUCAUCAUCGGCGUCACUGUUCUGGUGGUGGCUGUUCCCGAAGGCCUGCCACUUGCUGUAACAAUCUCCCUGGCAUACUCUGUUAAGAAAAUGAUGAAAGACAACAACCUGGUGCGUCACUUGGAUGCCUGUGAGACUAUGGGCAAUGCUACCGCCAUCUGCUCUGACAAGACUGGUACGCUCACCAUGAACCGCAUGACAGUGGUGCAGGCCUUCAUCGCUGAAAAGCACUACAAGAAGGUCCCUGAACCAGAGAACAUCCCCUCCUCCAUUUUAGACAUGCUGAUUCUGGGCAUCGCAGUCAAUUGUGCUUACACUACUAAGAUCAUGCCUCCAGAGAAAGAAGGGGGCCUGCCACGGCAAGUGGGUAACAAGACCGAAUGUUCCUUGCUUGGCUUUUCAAAUGACCUGAAGCGUGACUACCAGGCUAUACGCAACGAGAUCCCCGAAGAGAAACUGUACAAAGUCUACACCUUCAACUCAGUCCGCAAGUCUAUGAGCACUGUGUUGAAGAUGGCUGAUGGCAGCUACCGUAUGUUCAGCAAAGGGGCCUCAGAAAUUCUCCUGAAAAAGUGCUAUAAAAUCCUGACAGCAAAUGGUGAGUCCAAGGUGUUUCGCCCUCGGGACAGAGAUGACAUGGUUAAGAAAGUGAUCGAGCCCAUGGCCUCAGAGGGCCUGAGAACCAUCUGCCUUGCAUACAGAGAUUUCCCUGUCUCUGAGGGUGAGCCUGACUGGGACAAUGAAAAUGAUAUCCUCAGUGGACUGACCUGUCUCUGCGUGGUGGGCAUUGAAGACCCUGUGAGACCCGAGGUCCCUGACGCCAUCAGGAAAUGCCAGCGUGCUGGUAUCACAGUGCGGAUGGUGACUGGGGACAACAUCAACACAGCUCGAGCCAUCGCCACCAAGUGUGGCAUCCUACUGCCUGGAGAUGACUUCCUCUGCCUAGAAGGCAAAGAGUUUAACCGAAGGAUACGCAAUGAAAAAGGAGAGAUUGAACAAGAACGCAUUGACAAGAUCUGGCCCAAACUACGAGUACUGGCUCGCUCUUCCCCCACAGACAAACACACCCUAGUGAAAGGUAUUAUUGACAGCACAGUAUUAGAAAAAAGACAAGUAGUAGCAGUGACAGGAGAUGGUACCAAUGAUGGUCCUGCCCUGAAGAAAGCUGAUGUUGGCUUUGCCAUGGGCAUUGCUGGCACAGAUGUUGCCAAGGAGGCAUCUGACAUCAUCCUGACAGACGACAAUUUCUCCAGCAUCGUCAAGGCCGUCAUGUGGGGCCGCAACGUCUACGACAGCAUCUCUAAGUUCCUCCAGUUUCAGCUAACUGUCAAUGUGGUGGCUGUCAUCGUAGCAUUUACAGGAGCCUGCAUCACACAGGACUCUCCACUGAAAGCAGUACAGAUGUUAUGGGUCAACCUCAUCAUGGACACCUUUGCUUCACUAGCCUUGGCCACAGAGCCCCCUACAGAAGCCCUGCUGCUAAGGAAGCCAUAUGGCCGCAACAAGCCUCUCAUCUCCCGCACCAUGAUGAAGAACAUCCUGGGUCAGGGAGUGUUCCAGUUAAUCACCAUCUUUACUCUGCUCUUUGCUGGAGAGAAGUUCUUUGACAUUGACAGCGGCAGGAAUGCACCUCUCCACGCCCCGCCUUCUGAACACUACACCAUUGUCUUCAAUACUUUUGUACUGAUGCAGCUUUUUAACGAGAUCAACGCCCGCAAGAUCCAUGGUGAAAGGAAUGUCUUUGAAGGCAUCUUCAACAACCUUAUCUUCUGUAGUAUUGUCUUUGGUACCUUCAUUAUCCAGUUCGUCAUAGUGCAGUUCGGUGGGAAGCCGUUCAGCUGCGUGGCUCUGACCAUCGACCAGUGGCUAUGGUGCACUUUCUUAGGCUUUGGCUCUCUACUAUGGGGACAGGUAAUCUCUUCAAUACCCACCAGCCGCUUAAAAUUCUUAAAAACGGCAGGCCACGGCACCCAGAAAGAGGAGAUCCCAGACGAGGAGCUGGACGAGCUUAGCGACAAUGAUGAGAUUGACCACGCUGAGCGGGAGCUUCGCCGAGGCCAGAUCCUCUGGUUCCGAGGCCUCAAUCGCAUCCAGACUCAGAUGGAUGUAGUGAGUGCGUUCCAGAGUGGAACUUCCUUUCAGGGGGCUCUAAGGCGGCAGGCCUCCAACUCCAGCCAACAACAGCACGAUAUCCGGGUGGUGAAUGCAUUCCGCAGCUCCAUCUCCCUCUAUGAGGGGCUGGAGAAGCCUGAGUCGCGAUCAUCAAUCCACAACUUUAUGACCCACCCUGAAUUUCGGAUUGAGGACUCUGAGCCCCAUAUUCCCCUCAUAGAUGACACUGACGCAGAGGACGACGCCCCCACCAAGCGCAACUCUGCAAGCCCCCGCAACACCACGCCCACGCCACCCUCGCCCACCACCGUUGCCCCCACCACGCCGGUCUCUCCCUCCCCAAACCAGAACAAUAACGCUGUGGAAAGCAGUAACCACCUCCUCCCAGAGGGCCCCAAAUCAGGAACCCUCUCGGCCCCAGGGAGCCCCCUACACAGCCUGGAGACCUCCCUUUGAUCUGACCCCGCGCCACGCGUCACCACCACUUCUCUACCCGCCACCAAGGAGCUCAACUCAGACAAAACGAAGGAACACUUGCAGAAGAGAGAGGAAGGGCUAAGAGGAGAGCGGAGUCUUAUGUGAGCUUGGCUUUGGCUGGACUAAAAGAACAGCAAACAUUCAGAGGAAUGUACGGCUUGGUGUGGAUGCUUUGGUCUUCUUUUAUUUUAGGUUCUUAUUAAUACCCCGCUGCAACACAAGGACUGUCUUCACCCCUCCCUCCUUGGUAACUUUUGUUUUUUCUCUGUAAACAAGGGGUGAUUAUAAACUCAGAUUGAAAGUGACCUGUUUUUAUUAUUCUAUUAUUGUUAUUAUUAUUAUUAUUAUUAUUAUUAUUAUUAUUAUUUUCAUUGAGAUGGGGAGGUCCUCCUCCUGGCUUGAAGAUCGUCUGUAAGAAUUAUGAACGAACCUUUAGCUUCUCUUUUAUCUGAAUGGUGUUGUAUAUUUAUCUCUUUGGCCCUUGCUCAUUCAAAACUUAUUUCUGCUCCAUUGGCUGUUAAUAUUUUGAGUUAUUUAUGUUUUUGGAAAAAGCAGGUCUGUUUACAAAGUUUGUAGAUACUUUUUUUCUGUUUGUAGGCAAAAGAGCUUCCUGAUGUAUGAUGCAGAAAACUGGGACAGAAUAAAAAAAUGAAUGAGAGGAUUAUUUCAGAUACUGCUGUAUUUUCAGGAAAAAAGGGCGUUUCUAUUGAAACUUAACUAUUUUUGCCUGCAAGUUUUGUUAUAUAUUUGUAGAUAAAUGUAGAAUCUUCUAGCCAAACCGAUAAACACUAAGGCUUGUAUAGAAAAAGGUCCUCCGGGCGAGGUGUUUUCACAGGAGACGGGACGGGAAAGACAAUUAGGGCCUCUGUCCAAUAACUGCUAUAAAUAUUUACUUCUUCCAUUUCUUCGAUAGAUUUCAUGUGCACAAAUCCUUCUGGAGUUCUGGAUUCUCUUUUCAUUCAUUAUGUUGUGUUCAAGGAUUUCCACAUGUUGAAAGGUUCACUCGUUAAAGGGAGUUGAGAAAAAAUCUGGGCCUGUAUUUAGCAAGCAUCUCAGACUAACACCUAGAAUUAUGCUGAAACAAAGUCUUACCUCGAAGUUGGACAUGAGGUCCUUAUGAAGCCUCCUACAGUGGCUUUCAGCAGGAAGUAGUAGUUCUCUUUUUAGAUUGUUGUGGUUUUACACCACUGCCGUACUGUAAAAUGGAAAAUGUCUUCUUGUAGUAGUUAUUAGUUGCGUUCAAAAGAGGCCGAUCCAGAUUAUUUGAUGCAGGAAAAACGUGUGCGUAUAUGACUAAUUUAUGCAUGUUAAGGCUACAAAAUUUGUUUUUGCCAAAGCUCAUAAAACACUAAAAAGACUUAAAGUUCAGUUGUUGUUGUUUUUUUUUAUGACCACUUGAGUUCAAAGUAACGCUGUAUUCAGCCAGCGCGCCUAUUUAUUUUUCAAUAAGAAGUUCAUAUAAAUGUGCCUUGGCUACAAUAACAAUUUAGACAAUUCUUUGUACCAUCAUUGGCCAUCUGCAGGUGACUCCUCAGAGAUGAACACGGUUACUCCUCUAGCUAAACGUAGGACCUCAAUCUGAUCAUUCUGGGCCAGUUGUGACUGAUUCUCUCUCUGGAUGCUUGAUAAAUAUGGACCCUGGUCAACUUUUUUUUUUAUAAUUAGUGUGUUUAAUUUAUUUUUUUCUCAGCAAAACCUUAGCCCCCUACCAAUGUACAAUAUUGACAUUUGUUUACUCAGGCAUAGAAAAAGUAUUUCAUUUAAUUAAAAAAAAGGAAUCUAUAAAGAACCUUUAAACUUCAGAUUUUGUGUAUUUAGAUAGUGAAACAUUGUAUUAGUUAAAAAAAAAAAAAAGCAAGUGAAUUAUUUUCAUAUUUCAUUCAAUCUUUUAAGCUCAUGCCUUAGGAAAAACUUAAUUUUACUCCGGCAAGUUCUGUUUUGUUGACAUUUCUAAAAAAUGUUCAUCAACCCUGUCCAUAAGACUCCUUUCACCAUGGAUAAAUGUUGCCACAUUUGAUUUGUUUGUAAAAUAUUUUUGACACCUGGUGUACUGGAAACGCUAUAGAAUUGGACAUGUGCAUUUUUCAAGAAUAAAGACUAGGCAUACACUGGUAUCUAUCUGCACAGGGUACUUUUAUUUCAUAGCGUUCCUUGGGGGAAAAUAAUUUUGAUACAAAGCAUAAUAAAAAGUGUACCUUUGUAUUUUUAUGAAAAUACUGAUGAUACCUUUCAUCGUACUAAACCAAUUUUGGAUGAUUUGACACCAAUCACGUUAUAUGGGGAGGGUUUUGGCCACUAAAAUGUGUGUUGUUCUGGAAUAUUCAUCUCAGGGUGCAAUUGGUGUAAAAGAGAGAACAUGCCUCUUUUAGUUUGUAUAUUACCACACUUAAUGAAAUGUUUGGGUCGGUGCUUGUCAACCACACAGGAUGACUCGGGCAGCAGGCUGUAGAUUCUUCUUGCAGCCUUCUGGCCAUCUUCACCUGAAGGGCUGUGGACAGGGGAAGGAAGUGGAGAUGUUAAAUCGCACCGUUCUCUGAGGAAAUACUUUGUUUUACAGAUGACAAAAUAGCAGCUAGGAUUGCAUACAAAGUGAGAAAUUGAAAAGGCAGAAUCCAUGUAAGGAGUUUGUUCUGUAGCUUCUUCCUGUAAUGGGAAUGAAUGUUUUUCCAUCUGUUUUAUGGAUUAUUAUUUUUUUAUCUUUUAACAUUUGGAAAUAAAAGUUCUUCAUGUCUGUUUAUCUUGAGCAUUUUAAAUGGAUAUCGUGGUUGGAUUUACAUUUGAAACUUGUCGAGUAAUGUGUAUGGUUUUUAAAAAUAAAAAAAUGUAUUUAGCCUAA